AUUGUAUGAUUAUAUAAGCAAACUCCAGCAAUACAGUAGUAUCGGCAUUUUUUCUUUCCCUUUCAACAUUUUUCGUUUUUCAACCUCUCAGCGAAAGCUUCCAAUAAAGCACAGAAAAGUGAGAAAAGAAAAUGGGGGCUCUUGCUCUUCCGACUCCAUGGAUUCCUCAAGAUGACCUCUUACUUAAGAAUGCUAUUGAGGCUGGUGCGUCCUUGGAAUCACUAGCCAAGGGUGCGGUGCAGUUUUCCCGCCGAUUUACUAUAAAGGAGUUGCAAGAUAGAUGGCUUGCUCUUCUUUAUGAUCCUAUUAUAUCAAUGCGAGCCGCUGAGCAAAUGGUAGAGUUAGAACGUUCAGCGUCUAAUCUUGUGACAAAAUCUAAUAGAGUGGACCAUUCUAAAGGAAGUAAAAAUAGGAAUGGGAAGAGGAAUGCGGACAGUGUGCGUAACUGUUACUAUGCUAUGAGGAAAAGAAUAUGUAAUGAUCCUCUUAACCAGGGUGAUUUAAUUUUUCUCGUUGCACCUGGGGAUAAUUGUUUUAUGGGAGGUGGGGCUGAAGUUCAUGACCCUGAUAACAUGCUUGGAGAUUCGAUUGCUAGCCACUAUGGGAUUGAGGAUUCUGAAUUUGAAGAUCUCAGUCGUGUUUUCCCUCAAGUUAUGAGGGAUGGUUCUCAGCCAUGUGUUGGUGAAUUUCCCAUUGAGCAACGUAAUACACAUGAAGAUCAUGUGGACUGGAACACAACGCCAGCGAAUAAUAUGGAUAAGAAAAAAUUUCCGCGUCAUAGUAUGCUUGAAGGAAGUGGUAUUCAAGCAAAUCAGGUGUGUAUUAGUAAAUAUAUAUGUUCUGGUUUUGAAGGAAACAAAAUCCUCAGUCCAUAUUCUGAUUACAAAACUAAAUUUCAACAUUUGCAGUAUACAUCUGCACAGCCUGCGAUCCCUGAUUGGAAAACAACGGAGGGUAUAUCAAUGGCUGAAAUGCCCAAUAAUAUUAGCAUUAAGGGGGAAAGUGGACAAACAGGAGACGCCUUCGUCCCGCCAGAUGAUGGGGAUGUUGCAGGAGCAUCUGAAUAUGAUGUUAUGCACACGGAGUCUGAGAUGAACAGUCAAAUUCCAUGUGACGACGAAAAAAAUUCAACUUGUCCUGAGGGCUUCUUUGCGGAGUUGUCUGAUUUGAAUUUUACAAUUGAAGACGACAUGCUUGUUAUGGAUGGUGUGAAGGGUGGUGUUCUUGAUAAGGCAUAUCUUGAUAGUCUUAGUUCACUUCUGUUGGACUCCCCUAAUCAUGGUAUGGAUGAAAAAUUGCCCAAUGUAGUUGAAGCAAAUGAGCCAGCUGCUUCAGAAGUAUGUAGUGCUAUUCUGAGCAACAUUACUCAAAAGGAACCAAAUGACUCUCACUUAUGUGAUAUUACUUUCCAAAACAGUUCAGACAUUCAAUUACCAACAUCUACAUGUGUCAACUCUGAGUUUCCAGAAAUUCAUAAUAGUGGAAUCUGCUGCACAUUGAACACUGAGGAUCCAGAAAUCCCAUCUAAUGAUGAUAUUGUUUUUCCGAGUAAGCAGCGAUCAGGAUCUAGCAACAGAAGAACUCAGAGUGAGGCUAAUAACGCAUUGUCUUAUAGUAAGGUUAACACAGGCUCUCAACCCAGUGUAAAAGGUCCUAGCACAACGAAGAGAGAACAGAAGCGGUUUGGAGAAUCACAUCUAGCUAAUCAGAUACGAGUUCCAGAUGACAGUAGAGUUAAAUUUGAGACACUCAGAGAUGAAUCACUUAAUAGCCCCAUGGUUUCUGGUAAUGGUACUGGAGGUCCACGUCAAAAUAGUUUGGCAGUUAUAAAGAAAGAACCUUCAGAAUUUUCAUUGUCUAGACAGCCUAGCUGUGCUGCAGCUAAGAAACCAGGUCUAAUUACUGAUUUAAGUCACUUACAAAUUGCUGUUGGAGGAACUAGUCAGGAAGCACUGGGUUCUUUGGAAUGUAUGGCUGAAGAACCUGGUGUAGACCCGUUACUAUCCAACCCUGACCAGCAAUCGUCUGAGAGUGAUUCUGACAUUCCUUAUUUUUCUGACGUUGAAUCGAUGAUACUUGAUAUGGACUUGGGUCCAGAAGAUCAGGAUUCUUUCUGGAAUAGAGAAGUUGCCAAAUAUCAAACGGAGUAUGUGAAGAGGACAAUCAUAAGAUUGGAGCAAAAUGCUUAUUCAAGUAUGCAGAGAUCCAUAGCAUCACAUGGUGCAUAUGCAAUUUUAUAUGGUCGACAUUCAAAGCACUAUAUUAAGAAACCUGAGGUGUUGCUAGGACGAGCAACUAAUGAUUAUCCUGUUGAUAUUGACUUGGGAAGAGAAGGACGUGCAAAUAAGAUAUCAAGGCGGCAGGCAAUACUGAAGAUGGAUAAGGAUGGAGCUUUUAACCUAAAGAACACUGGGAAGUGUUCCAUAUAUGUGAACAGCAAGGAAAUCUUCCCAGAACAAAGUCUUGUUCUGCAGUCAAAUUGCUUGAUUGAGAUUAGGGGAAUGCCGUUUAUAUUUGAGAAAAAUCAAGCUCGCAUUGAGCAUUAUCUUGAUAAUGCUGCUCAUAAACUUGAAGACAAGAGGCUCAACACUUGAGAAGCUGGACAAUCAUCAACCUAUCAGAGGGGCUUUGUUCUACUGCACUUUCUUGGUUUACUUUUUCAGAUCCAAGUGUAUCUAUUCUGCUGACUCUUUAGGAUUAGGUUGCUUCAAGGUGUAGGCUUGAAAAUUGCAUGUUUAAAUGUUAAUAGUAAGAUAUAAAAUAAAAUUUAUUGUCUCCAUUCUAUACGUUGAUUUCGUAACUUUGCGAUUGUUGCUGCCCUGUGGAAAGAUUCGAUGCCCAGUUUGAAGACUGAGACUUGGUUUGAGUUAGCUUCUAAACUCAAGCACUGAAUUUUUUUGUUUAGGCUUCAGAUAUAAAACAAGUACCUAAGAAAGCGUAGCUUCACUCCUAUCCUUAUCAUUAAAUCCUUCUGUCAUUUCUAUUAAGUGUAGUUUGGGUGAGUCAUUGCUAUUAUGUUUUGGUUUAGCGGGUGAAGGAUUUAUUUAAAUUAAACUAGAGGUUGAUAAACUAUGAAACCUGGUUGGGAUACUCUCUUUGGAUUAGUGAGUGAUGUAGGCUUACAAGUGGGUUGUCUGGGUGAGUUCAAUAAUAUAACGUGAGUACUACCUUUUGUCCAUACUUGAUCUCUUUGGCAACUUUUUCUCUGAAUCUCUUUUAAACCUGAUUCAUUUUUGUUGGUUCAGUCUCAUGGAAUUUGUUUUGCCUUUUGUUGAUUCAAUCAAGCGCAGUCACUUAAAAAAGGCCGAAAUACUUUGGUAAACUUCCUUCUCAGGGCUCAUUUAAAACUUGUAUUCAUUAGAUGCAAUAAUAUGAAUUUGAUGUUUUAAGUAUCAUUAAUGUUUUAAAAUUGAUUUUGAAGCUUGUUAUUGAAAUUGUGCACCUUACAUACAAAAAGUCCUUGCCUCGCCCUUGCCUUGCGCCU